AUGUCUACCUCAAAUGCAACAAAUUAUGGCACUGUUAAGAACACUUCUUCUCCAAAGGUCAUGGGAAUAGCAAAUUUCACAAAAUGGGUGAAAGUGGCCAUAUUACGUAAACCACCAAAUCAAAACCAUAUUCUCUAUCGAUCAACAAAAGUAAGAAGGUCAAGUUCGAUCAAAAGAUCCGUUUCUACCAAUAAAGUAUCCUCCACAACCAACCCCCCUUUAACCAAUUCCCCUUUACCUAAAUCACGGAAUCUCAUUCGUCACAAAUCUAACAAACUUGUGACGCCUCGUGAUAAAAGAGCGAAAUCGUUAAUUAACGAUGUGGAAUGUGCUGGUAACAAUUCUUGGAUUGACCAAGAAGAACCAUUGGAUAAAGAUGAAAUGAUAAUACCCGGUUUAAAACCCGCUCUUAUUGAUAUGUACGAAAUGCCCGCCGUCAUAUCUAAUAGAUCACCUCGUCAACAACCACCUUCCCCUAAUUAUGAUUCUAAUGAUGUCAUAAUAUCUAGAGUUGAUUACCUGGAGAAUACGAAUAUUGUUAAAGGUUCGGUUGAGCAUUUCGCCUACCUUCGCUCCGUAAGAAAAUUACGUGUUGGAAAGCGUCCAAUAUCUCAAGCCCUUUCGUUAAAUAAAAUUUUGGCAAAACUUUCUUCACAAGUAUCUGAUAAAGUACAUAAAGAAUUAAUUCAUUAUAAAAAAGUUUAUGAAUUAAAUAGACAACAAGAUAACAAUAAUCAUAACGGUUCCCCUUCUUCACUCCCAAACAAAUCAUGCACAAAUCAAAGAUUAUCAGUGAUAUUGUCUGGUGUACAUAAAUCUCCUAUUACAAUGAAAUAUCGUCCUUCUUAUGCCACUUCUAAAGUUGUGACGGUAUUUGAUGAUGAACUAAAUCAAUUGGUCGUAAAGGAAUUACCCAUGGCGAGAAGAAGAAAGAGAUUAAACAGUUUAACAAAUACUCUUGUACGUUCAACUUCCUCCUCCUCCUCCUCUUCGGCAAAAUCUUCUCAAUCUUCUUUGACCACAUUAACCAAUCAAGAUGAACAACAAAAUUACUCCUCAGUUCAAGUAUAUUAUAGUAGAAGCUUGAACUCGAGAUCCGUGAUCCGUGAUUCGGAUUCGAUCGGGUCAGUUCGAUUUGAGGAAAACAAGAUUCAACGUUACAAUGAGAGUUAUGAGGAACAACUUCAGGUUUCUUCCUACCCGAACCUUGAAAUCCUUUACAUAAAAAAUAUCUCCCCAUACACCAUUUCAAAGAUAAUUAAUAGUACCACGGGAAAGUUACGUAAAAUCUUGAUUCAGUAUAACAUCGGUGAUUAUUCGAAUUGUCUGAUUCAAUCCAUAAUUGAACAUUGUCCGAACGUGGAGAUUCUAUCCUUAAUCAUUGAUAUGGAUAAUCUGUUAUACUUUGUGAAAUUACUCGAUUCUUGUCGUCAGUUGAAGAGUUUAUUGAUUAGAUUAUCGGAUGAGAAUUAUAAAUACAGGAUCGACGAGGAAAGGGAAAAGGAUGGAAAGAGAUUUUUAAAUGCGCUCUUGAGAUCCUCAAGACAUUUAUUCCAAGCUUGUUAUAGUGAUACCACAAUUUCCAUGAAAUGUGUUAUUCGCCAUGACGAGCUUCGACUAUAUCCACCAUAA